CUCCAACCUCACCCCUCCAACCUCACCCCAUUCACACCACCCACCAUGAAUCCACCACCAGAAUACCUCGCCUGGUCAGCCAGCGACUUCGACUUCCUCGCCCCUCACCUCCCUCCCCCCACCUCCUCCCCCUCCGCCACCCCCUGCAAACCCCACUUAACCCUCACCUACGCCACCUCCCUCGACAGCAUGCUCGCCGCCCGCCCCGGCGUCCGCACCACCCUCUCCGGCCCCGCCACAAAAACAAUGACCCACUACCUACGCAGCAAGCACGCCGCAAUCCUCAUCGGCGCCGGCACCGCCCUCGCCGACGACCCAGGUCUGAACUGCCGUCUCGCUGGCGCGGCAGACGGCGAGGACCCGCUGCGCUGGCAGCCGCGGCCUGUGAUACUUGAUCCGCGCGGACGGUGGAAGGUGGAGGGGAGUAAAGUGCUCCGGCUUGCGCAGGAGGGUACGGCGCGGGCGCCGUGGGUGGUUACCGAUUUGGCGUUUGUGGAUGAUGAGAAAGCGGAGGCGUUGGAGGCGGUGGGGGGUGCGGUUAUUGCGUUGGCGACGGAGGAGGAGGGGGAAGGAGGGGGGUUGCGGUUUGGGUGGGGGGAUUUGUUGGGGGUGUUGGCGAGUCGGGGGGUGGGGAGUGUGAUGGUGGUUGGGCAGGGGGGGCUGGCGGUUGCGCCGGAGAAGGAGGGGGAGGAGGGCGCGGCGGCGGAGUUGAGGGGGGCGAAGUGGGUGCAGAUGGGGGAGGAUGUGGUGGUUUGUGGGACGUUGGGGUGA